UAUCUCCUAACAUGCUCUCCGGCAGCCCUAACAUGCUCUCCGGCGAACUUCCCGGCAGCAGUGAUUCGUCGAUGCGAUCUAAACGGAGAAAGGGCGGGUGGGUCACCUUCCCCUUCAUCAUAGGAAGCUCUGGGCUGUUGUGCCUGGCUGCGUAUGGCUCAGUCGCCAACCUCAUAGUCUACCUGGUUCAGCAAUUCAACGUCAGCCGGAUCGCAGCGGUGCAGAUCUUCAACAUAGUCAAUGGAUGUGAAGCCAUUGCGCCGCUCGUCGGCGGCAUCAUCUCCGACUCCUUCGCCAGUUGCUUCUCCGUUAUUUUGGCAGCCUCCGUCAUUUCUUUCCUGGGACUCGUUCCAAUGACCUUGACUGCAAUAUUACAGUCCCUUAGACGACCACCAUGCAGCAACUCAUGCAAAUCGCCUUCGAGUUUUCAGUACGCAAUCCUUUAUGUUUCACUGGCUCUCGUCAGUGUGGGCAUCGGCGGCUCACGCUACACAAUGGCCACAUUUGGCGCGAACCAAUUCGAAGAUCCAAAGAGGCAGGAAACCUUCAACUGGUUCUUCAUAGCACUCUAUGUUGCAAUGAUCCUGGCCAGCACAGUUGUUGUUUUCGUGCAAGACACUGUUGGGUGGGCUUGGGGUUACGGGAUCUGCCUAGCAGCCAACGUGAUCAGCAUUGUCAUCUUCCUCAUUGGCAAAUGGCACUACAAAGAAGUGAAGCCUCAAGGGAGUCCGUUCACUGGCAUUGCUCGAGUGGUAAUUGCAGCGAUUCGAAAGCGAAAACUGGCGCUGUCGACAAAUGUUAGCGAUUACUUCUACCAAGAUGAUCAGAUGAACACAAAGCAAAUGUGCCAAGUGACUUCAAAGUUCAGGCAAGAUUUUCUUGUUGGGAUUUCUCAUAAUGCUAACUCUUGCCUAAGAGGUGGGAAGUAG